GGCCCGUACAGCGCACCGCCGUCGGGGUCGUCUCGUUUGCCCGAUCGCCCUAAUAUCCCGACGAGGUCGUCGACCGUGGGCAGCCCGCACGACCUCGAGCAUAACAAGCAGCACCAGGCGUUCGGCAUAACCCAGUCUCGGAGCGAGGACAUGAACCACUCUGGAUCUGGCAAUGCUGCAGGCGCUCAUGGCUCUAACUCUACCGCGCCCGUCUCUGCCCCCGCCCCUGCGUUCCUGUCUCCUAGUCGGCCUACUACGCCCAGUAGCUCUAACAACCACUCUCAGUCCCCCACCCGCGACAAUCAGGAUGGAUCACCCCGUCGUCUCAGUCUGACAUCGUCUUCUUCGGCAUACUCUGGUACUUCGACAACGCCAGGCGGCGGGCCUGGAUCAACGACCUCAAACUCGACUAGCAUUGCAUCCGCCUCGUGCGCAGCAUGUGGGAAGCCUAUGCAAGGAGCGUUUGUGCGAGCCUUGGGGACAGUCUACCAUCUCAAUUGCUUCAAGUGUAUGGACUGUGGCACAGUAGUUGCUUCCAAGUUCUUCCCUAUUGAGAGUGAGGGCAAGCAGUCACCGCUAUGCGAGAGAGAUUAUUUCCGUCGCCUGAAUCUGAUAUGUGCGAAAUGUGGGAUGGCUUUACGGGGCAGCUAUAUUACGGCAUGCAACAAGAAAUUCCACGUUGAGCAUUUCACGUGCUCCCUCUGUCCGACUCUCUUCGGUCCUCAGGACUCGUACUACGAACAUGAAGGAGACGUUUAUUGUCAUUACCAUUAUUCCACGCGAUUCGCGACCAAGUGCGCUGGCUGUAACAGCGCGAUCCUCAAGCAGUUCGUGGAGAUCAAUCGCAACAUGCGAGACGAAUGUUGGCAUCCGGAAUGCUACAUGAUCAACAAGUUCUGGAAUGUGAAGAUUGUGUCUCGUAGAUCAGCAAACUCGCCCACGCCUUCUGAAGCUCCUGGCCAAGAAGAGGAGCCGCCUUGGGCGGAGGAGGAGCGUCGAGAGACAGCACAAUCGCUACGAGAGAAGCAGGUCAGAAUGGAACAACAGGUAUACAGGAUCUGGACUGUAUUAUCAGCGUUCGAGGAGUCGAGCGCGGCUUGCAUCUCGGACAUGUUGCGGCAGGUCAGCAACGGUCAAUACCUUGAGGCCAUCAGAAUGGCGGAGAAGUUCAUUCUUCACGUGGAGGUCCUCUUUGCAACGAUCGACGAUCUGGAAUACUGGUUCGCCUCUCUAAGUGUGAAGGGUAUGUCUCACGUUCGGGAAGCUCGCAUGCUUUGCCGUAAGACGGUCGACCUGUUGAAGCUGCUUUCACACACGCAAGAGACCGGCGCGCGGAGGAUGGGUAUGACACAGGAGUUGCUCGCGCUUGUGACAGGCCUCGCACACUACCUCAAGAUUCUGAUCCGCAUCGCGUUGACCGGUGCGCUUAAACUCGAACGCGACUACAACGUGCGAGAAGCGAUGACGUCCUUCCUGGACAAGCUGCAUCUGCUAGCCGUACAGGGCGGCAACCCGACCGCAAAGAGGAUGAUCAAGGGCGCGCACGGCGAGUACCUGCCACCCAGCAACAGUGGCAACUUUGGUACGCAGGGCGUCACCUAUGGGUUUCGGAGCCUGGCCCCAGAGAAUGCUGGGGAGUCUCCAUUCUCGGUGUCCGCGACAACAAAUAAGUCGAACCCGCCUUCGGAUCUGUGUGUCAAAUGCAACCAAACGGUCGAAGAGGAUUGCGUGCGGCUAGGGACUUACCAGCGGUGGCAUUCGCAUUGUAUACAGUGCCAGACAUGCGGGAAGGUUGCUGCGGUGCCUGCUGCUAAGGAGCAAAGUACACCGAAGACCGGUGACGAGAAAGACAAGGACGCUGCACCAAAGCUAUCUACGGCUCGUCGACCACCUGCGAAUACUGGCAUUUUCGUCUACGAUCCGGACUCGAUCAAGGAGUUACCUUCGUUCGGGGAUGUGCCAACGGUGAUAUACUGCACGGAGCAUGCCCAUCCUGGCUGCAAGGGUGGAUUCCAACCUGUAUCAAGGCUUGAGCAGUACGCGUUCUUGCUGAACGUUGCACUACGACGACUCUACAUCCUGCUGAAGAAGCUUGGCGUAGUGCCUUCAUCUCCAGUGUCGUCGCCCAACGCAGUCUCCCAGCGGACGGAGCACGACCCAUAUCGCAAUUCAGGCGAUAUCGUGAGAAUGAAGUCAGUUCAUCUAGAUCGGAAACUCUCUGCGACAGCACGAUUGCCCAAACGGUCUACCAUCGUUGAAAGUCCAUCUGGCAAGAGCGCACAUCCGAACACGCUGCAUACGCAACGAUCUCAGCCCGAACUGGAACAGCAGCGAGUGCAGGCUCAUGCCGUCCAGCAGGUACCUUCAUCGUCCAGUCGAGCCCCUCCUCGCACUCCCGUGCAGCAGCAACAGCAGUCCCCUCAGUAUCCGCCUGGCCGCGCACAUCGGGCUGACUUGGGUCCUUUGGAUACCAAUUCUCCGAGCCAAGUAGUGCGGCCUCCGUUCGCCAGGAGUAAUACGGAGGUAAUGAUAGUCGAUGAUUCGGCUCCUAAUUCCCCUGCGGGUCCUCCAGACGAGGCGCCAGUCCCCAGCGUAGAUGAUGGGAUCACGCUUGCUGAUAUCCCACAACUGGUGGAAGCCGCGCAAGCUCGGGAGCAGCAUCGAUCAUUGCCUCGACAGACGUCUGUUCCAUACAUCGCUGAGCUCAGUGCCCUCGAGCUUACAAUUGUCAAACACGCGGCUGUCCUCGCCCUUACGAAAUCUCCCCUAAAGGACCAGUUCGAUCUGGAUGAGAUCCUUGAGAUGAUCGAAACCAAGAAGAGUGGGUUCUGGGGAAAGCUGUUCAAAGGCGACAAACAAAAGAACCGCCAGAAGAAAGGCGUUUUUGGCGUGCCGCUCGAGCUCCUGGUUGAGCGGGAAGGAUCAGAUUCCCUGUUAGGCGCUUCCCGUGCGACGCUGAGAGUACCAAGUUUCAUCGACGAUGUUGUAUCCGCCAUGAGACAAAUGGAUAUGUCGAUAGAGGGGAUCUUUCGCAAGAAUGGAAACAUCCGACGUCUGAAAGAAUUGACGGACGCCAUCGAUCGAGAUCCGUCGUCCGUUGACUUGACGCAGGAUAAUCCGGUACAAUUGGCAGCUCUGCUGAAGAAGUUCCUGCGAGAUCUCCCGGAUCCGCUUCUAACGUUCAAGUUACACCGUCUGUUCGUCGCAUCACAGAAUCCUACUGCGGUUCCGAACGAGGCUGAGCGGAAGCGUCUGCUGCACCUCAUAACGCUUCUUCUGCCCAAACCCCAUCGGGAUACCAUGGAAGUUCUAUUCGUCUUCCUGAAAUGGGUGGCAUCGUUUGCCCACAUGGAUGAAGAAACUGGGAGCAAGAUGGAUCUGGGCAACUUGGCCACCGUGAUAUGCCCCAGCAUUCUAUACUCACGAGGCCGAGACGCAGUGCGGGACGAAAGCUUCAGUGCUAUCCGAGUUGUCACGUCAUUGCUUGAGAACCAGGAUGAAUUCUUUACUGUUCCUGAGGAGCUCUUGCCUAUCCUCCAGGAUCAAGAUUACUUCGCCAAUAGCGUCGAUCUGCCCAGCCGAGACUUCAUGAAGAAGUGCGAUACUUACAUGCGACUUAAGGCGGGCGGUCGAACACCCGGUUUGAUGUCGCCGACUCUCGGAGGCUCCCCUUUCUUCAGCAAUUCCAACAGUGGCAAUAUCUCAAGUCUCAGUAAAGGAUCUGAUGGGCAUGAUUCUCGUUCUGUGACGCCACGAUAUCUCCCACAAAACAUGGAAAGACCUGCCAUGACCGCUGCUCCCUCCGACGGUUAUCUGCGCAACGGGGUACCCAACCGCUCCCGCGAGCAGUCCCCGCCGACGCUCAUGCAUUCACCUCAGUCAUAUCCGCCUCCUUCGACUCCCUCUUCUAUAGCUCAAGGCCUCGCAUCGAUACAAUCACCGCAACCUCGGAACGCGAAUAUACCAAAUGAUAUGGAAUGGGCUGCCCAACGCCACGCACCUCAACCUAACUCACCUUCACCUCGGCCGCGACCGAAUUCCUACUUGCCCAGGAAUAGUGGGGAACAUCCGAAUGUCAUGCCACCGAAUGGUCAUGGGGCACCCGCCGUGCAGCUGCGGCAACGAACAUGAUUGCCCGGGAGUGUCUCAUUUUCUCAUGUUGUUUGGUUAUCGGCUGCAAGCACUGCACUGUCGCCUUUCGCACCUUUAUUUCCGUAUCAUCUGUACUUUACUAUACGUUGCCUUCAUUGACGCUGUGUCACGGACAAUCUGCAUUACUCAUAUACCCUCACCAACUUAGUCUCGAAUCAGGAUAAGUGGUCCGCCUCUGGGCACAGAGCAGUGACAGGUCCCACCGCAUAUCGACUACGGUAACAGAAGCAUAGCGGAGGGAAUACUACCACCUCAUGCGUCCGGAGGUUAUCACACCCUCAGGUACCGGAAGUCCGGGGCAUGUAGAGCAUACACAUGAUGCAUAUCAUUUUGUGCGUGAAGUAGAGCAAGUACCGACAAAAACAAACAUAGGACAGAAGCAAACGCGCGUUUACUUGAGCGGGAUGAAUCGAGAUGAGUGGGUGGCUCCAAUACCGGGACGACCGUGCUUAACGGGCUUGUACGAGCAGGAGAACUCAGCAAGGUAGUGGCCAGUCAUUUCAGGCUUGAUUUCGACAGAGUUGAACACCUUGCCAUUGUAGAUGCCGACGACACUGCCAAUCAUCUCUGGGACGAUAAUCAUGUCGCGCAAGUGGGUCUUGACUACGGCAGGCUUCUCAUUUGGCGGAGCCUCCUUCUUGGCCUUCCGCAGCUUCUUGAUGAGACCCAUGGGCUUGCGCUUCAAUCCCCGCUGGAACCGACGACGAGCACGGGCGUGGACGACCUCCAUGAACUCCUCAUUGCUCAGAUCAAGGAGCUUGUCGAGCUCGAUACCACGGUAAGAGAAAGUACGGAACGUCCGCUUCUUCUUGAGAUCAGCGGCGACUUGGGGGUCGGUAACGUCAGCCAUCGUCGUUGAGGGGGCGUUUGUCGUUGAGUGUGUCGGCGGGGAGGGACUGUGGGAUUC